AUGGCGGAGGAAUUAAACGUGAGUGAGCUUGCAGACCUUCUUGGGGAUGAGGAGCUGCUUGACGUGACGCCGCCGCCGCCAGACGCACCACCGCCAGGGGAGGGCAAAGGCGCGGAGUUGGACGGCGAGGAUCCCGGCAGCAGGAAAAGGCGCCUGAAGAAGAGCAAGCGGCCGCGUCGCGCCCGCGAGCGCAGCAAGCCGUCAGACACGGAGGAACAGGAGGAAAGUGACGAGGAUCCGGAGGAGACGCCGCGGAAGCGCUCCAAGUACGUCAUUGACGCCGCAGAGAGCGGCGGCUCCGAGUCGGAGGGCGACGACUUUAUUGCGGGAAGCGACGAGGAGGACGGCGACGACGCCUACCGUGGCGAGCUGCCGACGUACGAGCCGCGCAAGACCCACAUCUUCCGCGAGGGGGAGGAAAACAUGACAAGCGAGGAGCUGGCACGCGCCAUCGAGGAGCGCCACCGCGCGAGCAAGAAGGAGGGGGGACGGGCUGAGGCUUUUCUGUCGGCUGGCCUCGGCAAAGGGAAGAUGUCGUCGCUGCGGUACGCCUCGCAUCUGUUGCCGCAGGCCACCGACCCGCGGGUGUUUGCCGUGAAGUGUCGGCCGCGCAUGGCACGUCUGCUCGUGGCUCGGAUUGUAAAUAAGUGCUACGCCUACCGGAUUGGGAGGAACUACGAAAAGCGGAAGGUUGACCUGGGCAUCAUAUCCGUCUUUUGCCUGGACCACGUGAGGGAGUACAUCUACAUCGAGGCCCACCGCAAGGUUUUCGUGGAGAACGCCCUAAACGGCUUGGACGGACUGUUUCGCUACAACAUUACCCUCGUAAACCCAUCUGAGCUGAUGCAGAUGAUGGAGCAGCGGCCGGCUCCGGAGAAGUUGCGGGUGGGCUCCUUUGUUCGCCUGCGGCAACGGCAGUACCGCCUGGAUCUGGCGCAGGUGGUUGAGGUGCACCCCGGCAACCAACAAGUCACGGUGAAGGUUGUGCCGCGUGAGGACUUUGUUGGUAAACCGUUUAGCAAAGUCGAAACCCGUCUGCCGCCCCGCUUCUUUGUCCCCACGCUUGCGGCAUACGUGCAGGAUCGCGGCGAUUUCUAUCGCUGGGGAGAGUUGACUUUUGACAAGGAUGGUUACCUGCUCAAGACCGUCUCUGCCCGCAUGGUCAUCAGCGGCCCACAAAUGGAGAAGCCAACUGUAGAGGAACUCGCCCUCUUUUUCAACAGUGACCGCGAACGCGUACGUGAGGCUGUUGCACGGUUUGCCUCGGAGGUUCAGCAAGGGGCAGGGCUGCGCAUCGGCGACACCGUGCGGGUGGUGUCAGGGCAGCUGCGAGAGACUGUGGGCACCAUUGAAAAUAUGUUUUUAGACACCAAUACGGUUUCCCUCGCGUGCCGCGUGCCUGGGAGGAAGGAGCCGAUAAAGGUGCGUGUUGAGCUGGCGACGUGUGUGAAGCACUUCGCGGUUGGCACGCACGUUGUAGUUAACGGCGGGGAGCGGGCCGGGGAGAGCGGCACGGUGGUGAAGGCCUCCGGAGACGUCGUCUACAUUUUCUCCGACAGGGCCACUGCCUCCCGCGAGCUGGCGGUGCGUGCCAGCGACUGCCACCGGAGCAACCUGGUCGGCUCCUUCGGCCACGCCUCCGGCGCGUGGCGGCUGUUCGACUUAGUGAUGCUGGCGGACACCUCCUCCGUGGGCUGCAUCGUGCGCAUCAACCGCAACGACAUUUGCGUCCUGACGGACCGCGGCGAGACGCGCUACCUCUCCCCCGUGCAAAUCAAGGCCGUCGUCACGGGCUCGCGGCAGACGACGGACCGGCUGAACAACGUCGUCACCCGCGGGUCGGAGGUGAACAUACACGCCAGCCCCAACACGCCCUACCACCUGGUCGGGCAGACGGGGCGGGUGGAGCAGCUCUUCGGCUCCGCCCUCUUCGUCCGCGUGCGCACCGUGCAGCAAAACGGGGGGCUGGUAGUGCUGGACGCAAACUCGGUUCUGCUGAUCGGCGGGCGCACCACGACGAAGCAGAUCCAGCAGCCGAAGCAGCUCCCCGCGGUGCAGCGGAACCCGCACAACGCCACGAAGGGCGACGUGUCUGUGCCCCACCCGCCCCUCGCCUCCGAGGAUUGGGCGACGAACUCCGAGUGGUAUGAGAUGGACACGAACUGA